UGCCCAGAAUACCAGAAAUUUUUUUUGAGCUUUGAAGCUGAUGCAAACAACCCAUGUUUGUUUCAACUUUCAAUAUCAUAAAAUAAUCCAAAAUCUCCCUUCUUUCUUUUCAAAUUCUUCCGUAUCUCAACUGGGUAUCUUUUUGAUGCCAAGUACUAGUUCAAAGCAUGUAAUUCACUGAUUUUUUUGUGGUGGAACUCUUAGUUUGUGUUGGGUUUCGAAUCAUAGUGUUCUUGAGCAAUGAAUCUGAGUAACGGCAAAGGAUCUAUGUCAACUGCGAGCUCCAGUGCAUCUUGGAAGGCCGGGGAUGUUCCGGUUCCGGAUCAGUUCCCGGCGGGUCUGCGUGUUCUGGUGGUUGAUGACGACCCCACUUGUCUCAUGAUCCUGGAGAAGAUGCUUAGGACUUGUCUUUAUGAAGUUACGAAAUGCAAUCGAGCAGAAAUUGCAUUGUCUCUGCUUCGAGAAAACAAAAAUGGGUUCGAUAUUGUCUUAAGCGAUGUCUACAUGCCAGACAUGGAUGGUUUCAAACUCCUGGAGUACAUUGGGCUGGAGAUGGAUCUGCCUGUUAUCAUGAUGUCAGCAGAUGAUGGGCAAAGCGUUGUAAUGAAAGGUGUGACUCAUGGUGCCUGUGACUACCUGAUCAAACCAGUUCGAAUUGAGGCACUAAAGAACAUAUGGCAGCAUGUGGUUCGGAAGAGAAAGAAUGAGUGGAAGGAAGUGGAGCAUUCAGGAAGUGCUGAAGAUGGAGAUCGGCAGCAAAAGCCAUCUGAAGAUGCAGAUUACUCAUCCUCUGCAAAUGAAGGCAGUUGGAGAAACUCAAAAAAGAGGAAGGAUGAAGAAGAUGAUGCAGAGGAGAAGGAUGAUACAUCCGCAUUGAAGAAACCUCGGGUCGUUUGGUCAGUUGAGCUUCAUCAACAGUUUGUGGCUGCUGUCGAUCAACUAGGCAUUGACAAGGCUGUUCCUAAAAAAAUUCUGGAGCUGAUGAAUGUUCCUGGACUCACCAGAGAGAAUGUUGCUAGCCACCUCCAGAAAUAUAGGUUAUAUCUGCGGAGGCUAAGUGGGGGGCAGCACCAGGGCAAUAUGGGCAACUCUUUUAUCAAUCCCGAAGCAACUUUUGGUUUGUCUCCACUUGGUGGGGGUAUUGAUUUUCAGACUCUUGCUGCCACUGGUCAACUAUCAACCCAGAGUCUUGCCACUCUCCAAGCUGCUGGACUUGGUAGGUCAUCUGCCAAACCUGGCUUACCCAUGCCCCUUGGUGAUCAAAGGAACCUUUUUAGCUUUGAAAAUCAAGAGUUAAGAUUUGGUGGGGGCCAACAACAACAUAUGAGCAGUAAUAAGCAAAUGAACUUAGUUCCCAGAAUUCCAGCAACUAUGGAGCCAAAGCUGCUUUCCAACUUGCAACGUACUGCACAACCUCUAGGGAGCAUCAAUUUGCAAGUCAAUGACCAUGGGGGCCAGAGCAGCCCAAGUAAUUCUUACUUGAUGCAGAUGGCUCAAUCACAACCGCGAGGGCAGAUAUUACAUGAAACUACAGGUGUUAAUGCUCCCCGGCUACCUUCAUCCACAGGGCAGUCUGUAUCGAAUGGGAUUGCUGGAGGAGUCCUAGUCAGAAAUGGGAUCAGUGAAGAAGGAAGAGGGACAGGGUACAAUGCCACAGUUCCUCAAACAUCUUCAAUGGUGAAUUUGCAGUUGAACCAGACAGUGCAAUUCCCGGGAAAUAGUUUUUCUCUUGGAGGAAACUCAGCUAUACAGAGUCUCACAUCAAAGGGGGAGUUUCAAGAAGAGGUUAGCUCAGACAUAAAAGGAUCGACUGGAUUCAUGCCAAGUUAUGAUAUUUUUAGUGAUUUGCGUCAGCAUCGAUCCCACGAUUGGGAGUUACAUAAUGUAGGCGUGACAGUUGAUGCUUCUCAGCAUUCAAGCUCUCUGCAAGGGAACUUUGAUAUGCCUUCAGUUUUAGCUAGUCAAGGGAAUUCAUCUGGGCAAAGGACCGGACAGGUCAGGAACCCAUCUGCUGUGGGGAAGGGAAUGUUCUUUAUGGUUGAAGGAAAUGGGCACAGCAAUGCACAAAACCUCAGUCAGCAUCUCAAUACCCUUCCUGUUGAAAAUUCAAUAAGAGUUAAGGCUGAAAGAGUUCCUGAUUCUAACUGUCAGACUAGCUUUUUCCCUGAGCACUUUGGUCAGGAGGAUCUCAUGAGUGCACUUCUCAAGCAGCAGCAAGAAGGAAUUGGACCAGCUGAAAAUGAGUUUGACUUUGAUGGGUAUCCCAUGGAUAAUAUUUCUGUGUAGGACAUGCUUCAUGUUUCCAUUUGUGAUCGCAGUUUCUGGUGUACAUACCGCUACAGAUAAUUUGGUAUUUUUCUUCCGCAAUCGUAGAUGAAAUCCACGUAUCCAUCAUCUUCAAGUGCAGGGUUAUUAUGUGAAUAUAACCUAAUGCUGGUCCUACUUGAACAUAAAAGAUAAGACCAAUGGACAAUUGCGCUGGAAGAAAUUUGCAAAGCAUGUAGGAUACCACUGCAUGAUAUUCGAAGGCAUGCGUGCAAAGUUUUGACUACCUGGUCAUUGAGAUGUAGAUUGAAGGAGCUAAUUUAGGGUGCUUGGGUUUCUUUUGGCAUUGCAGACAUGUCUCUAGUUCUGGAGAUAAGUUUCUAGACAGUUGCAGACUUUAGGAGCUUUUCUAACUCGAAUAGCAGGUCAAAUUUGGGUUUCUUCUUCCCUUUCUGUUUAGUUUUUCUUUUAUUUCCCAUUUGAGAAAUAGACUGUUAUGUACAUAUUGCCAUUUGAUGGCUCUAGACACAAGUCUAGCUAUUCUUUAUGGUUGUUUUGUUUCGUGUACUUAAAUUUGAAGGGAUUAUCACUUCUGCACUUCUGCUUUUUUCGGCAAUUCUUUUUUGUUAAAAAUUUUAAAUAUGAAUCCCAGGUUUU